CAGUCCCAUGCAGUUCUGGAUGCAGAGCAGCAACAUGGCGGCUCACAGCAGCAGGGGCGCGAGCCUCCUCCGGACCCUGCUGAUCCGCUGCAGGACCUCUGGACCAGGUCAGACCCGGACCGGACCCGGACAACUCCGUUGUGCAUCCUACGUGUCUGCACCGCCGCCACCGGGGACGUGGAGCUCUCAGCUGUCCCGGAUGUCGCAUCGGGAUCUGUACCGGCUCUCGGUAACGGAUCCGGAUCGGUUCUGGGGAUCCGCGGCGACGGACAGACUCCGCUGGGUGGAACCGUUCCACCGGGUCCGGGACUGCAAUCUCCGCACCGGGAAGAUCGGCUGGUUCCUGGGAGGGAAACUCAACGUGUCCGUGAACUGUCUGGACGUCCACGUUGAGAAACAUCCGGAGCGAGUGGCUCUGAUCUGGGAGCGAGACGAGCCGGGCACAGAGGUCAACGUCACCUACAGAGAGCUGCUGGAGACGACCUGCCGCCUCGCCAACACGCUGAAGAGCCAUGUAUGUCUGUCCCAAAGUACAUAACUGGUGUUCGCUGGCUUCAGCUCGGAGGCUCUGGCCGGAAGGAUCCAGGACGCCCAGUGUAAAGCCGUGGUCACCUGUAACCAGGGCGUGCGCGGAGGCCGACUCACCGAGCUGAAAGCGACGGUGGACGCGGCGGUGAAAGUUUGCCCGACGGUCCAACACGUGUUCGUGUCUCAGAGGACGGAAACGCCAGCUGUGAUUGGACGGCUGGACGUACCGCUGGAGCAGGUGAUGUCCCGGCAGAGUCCCGUUUGUCCCGCGGAGCCUCUGGACAGUGAAGACCUCCUGUUUCUUCUCUACACAUCAGGAAGUACGGGGAAACCUAAAGGCAUCGUCCACACACAGGCUGGAUACCUGCUGUACUGCUCACUCACACACCAGUACGUGUUUGACUACCGAGACGGCGAUGUGUUUGGCUGCGUGGCGGACGUGGGCUGGAUAACGGGUCACAGCUACGUGGUGUACGGCCCGCUGUGUAACGGCGCCACCACCGUCCUGUUUGAGAGCACGCCUGUUUACCCCGACCCAGGCAGGUACUGGGAGACGGUGCAGCGUCUGAAGAUCACCCAGUUCUACGGCGCUCCGACGGCUCUGCGUCUGCUGCUGAAGUACAACGACAGCUGGGUGAAGAAGUACGACCGCUCGUCUCUGAGGACACUGGCCUCAGUGGGAGAGCCCAUUAACCACGAGGCAUGGCACUGGUUCCACAGCGUGGUUGGAGACGGACGCUGUCCUCUAGUGGACACCUGGUGGCAGACAGAGACGGGUGGAGUCUGCAUCGCCCCCCGUCCUGCAGAGGAAGGAGCCGCCAUCGUCCCGGCGAUGGCCAUGAGGCCGUUCUUCGGCAUCCAGCCCCAACUCCUGGGAGACAAGGGGGAGCCUCUCUCCGGUAACGGUGUGAGCGGCGCUCUGUGCUCCAGGGCCGUGGUCAGUUACUCUCUACCCUCUAACCCUACCCAGGUCAGUUACUCUCUACCCUCUAACCCCACCCAGGUCAGUUACCUCUACCCUCUAACCCUACCCAGACGUAUUUGUAUCCGUGCGUCAGGUUAUUACUUCACCGGGGACGGAGCGUUCCGGUCCGACGACGGCUUCUACCAGAUCACCGGCCGGAUGGAUGAUGUCAUCAACGUGAGCGGCCACCGGCUCGGCACGGCCGAGAUCGAAGACGCUCUGGAUGAACAUCCAGCUGUUCCAGAAUCAGCUGUGAUCGGAAUCCCACAUGACAUCAAAGGAGAAGUACCGUUUGCCUUCGUGGUUCUGAAGGAGGAGUUCUCUGAUGACCCCCCCGUCGUCCUCCAGCAGCUCAGAGAACUCAUCGCCACCAAAAUCGCCAAAUAUGCCGUCCCCGAGCACUUCCUGGUGGUGAAGCGUCUGCCGAAGACUCGCUCGGGGAAGAUCAUGAGGCGCAUCCUCAGGAAGGUUGCCACGGAGACCGCCGGUGACCUCGGCGACGUGUCGACUCUGGACGACCCGUCCGUCGUCACGGAGAUCAUCGACACCCACGAGCUGUACAGGAAGCAGCGAGUAGCAGAGGAGGAGAAGAAGAAGAAGUAGGAGGGACUUCCGCCCAUUAUGCUCUGUUGUGAAAAAAAUCCGGGAGCAGCCAGACCCACCUGAACGCGUUCGUCCAAUCAGCUGCCGCUCGACAUCCCUGGUCCCUCCCCUUUCCACUUUGUAGUCCAGAUGGCGCCCGUUUAGUGCGAGUAGUGUCCAUCGUUCCACGCUGAACUUUUUGAGCGUUUUUAGGGGAACAUCCUGGUACUUUCAGUGCUCUGACUUUUUGCGUUAUCUCCACGAUAAACUUAAAACUGACAGCUGUUGGAAGUGGGACAGUAGGCGCUUUGAGACACAGCCACAGAGAUUAGAGAGCUCGAUGGUGUGCUAAGCCCCCAGCCUCGCCUUCCAGGCAGCUAACCCUGAAUAUAACCCUGAAUAUAACCCUAAAUAUAACCCUAAAUAUACCCUGAAUAUAACCCCAAAUAUACCCUGAAUAUAACCCUAAAUAUAACCCUAAAUAUAAGCCUGACUUUAACCAUUGCCACGCUGCCUGGAAGGCAACUUUGAGGGCAAAAAACACCAAGCACUGUUUAGAGGGCACAAUCUUCUCUUUCAAUACUUUUAAUAACAUAGCAUUUUAUUUAAUUAUUGUCUUAAUAUACACACAUAUGUACACAAACACAUAUAUGUGUGUGUGUGUGUGUCU